GGGGGGCACACGCUGCAGAGCAUAUAAAGUAAGUAAAAGCCAUCUGCAUUCAUAACUUAGAAAAAUACUUCAUCGCGUGUUUGACAUGCUUGUUCCGAUAUUCAGUCAUUUUUGUUUAUGUUUGUUGUCAAGUGGAAACUGCAUUCGCUUGGUCGCCCUAUUCGCGCGACUCAUUCGCGCUACCAAAGCGAAUGAGUGGAAACCGUUCUUUAUGUAGCAACAUUACGAUCAAUCCAUAAAUAGCUUAAUUAGAUCAUCCAAUUGAUUUCCAACCUCGUCCAUCUCCGUUUUUGAGGAUACGCCAGCGGUUUGUGAAAGGCUAAGUUCAAUAAAAUACCCAUAUCCAGUGCCGUAGAAUGCGAGAAGUAAAGGAGGGAGAGGUGGGUUGGGACGGGGGUAUAAACAAAUGACAAUAUAACAUAAAAAAUAACAAUGCCGUGGCACAUAUUUUAUUUAUGUGUUUUCCACAAUCGGUGUUGGUUUUUAAAAUCUUCUGUUGCCAGAUUGGGUUACACAACAGUGUACUUAGAACUUAAUUAUGGAAUGAGUAAAAACGUUGACAAGGCUUGUGACCUUGUUUUGGACAACAUGAUAAACUGGAUAGCUAGAUAGUUUGAGAUGAAAUAUUUAUAACCCAUAUAUUAUUUAAAAUAUUCAAAAAUCAUGGGAUGGACGAUUCAAAUUUUUAAAAAAGCUAAGCAGUGGAUUAAAAAUUAAACAGUUGCAAGUAGAGAAUACAAUAUGAGGAAGUUGAAAGCAGUAUGUGUUGCUUUAUGUUUUCUUUUCUGCGUAAAUUGGUUAAUCGAAUGGUGGGAGUGUCGCAGAUACAAUCUCGAGAAUGAACUAAUACACCAGAAUAGAAUAGAACAGCCUGAUACGGAUCCAUUCGAUGUCCAAACUGAUGAAAAAUGGAAAGAAAAGCGGGAAUGUUUGACCAAAGAAAUCAACAUUGCAUUCCUGAAGACGCAUAAAACAGCAAGUAGUACCGUCACAAGUAUCUUAAACAGAUUUGCUGACAUCAAUAAUUUGGAUAUAGCAGUUCCGAAUGGAGAUACGAGAUUUAAUUGGCCGUCGUCUUUUACACUUGCUGCAGUAGACCAAUCACGAUUGAAAGAUAAACGUGCCAAUGUGUUAUGCAAUCAUUCUGUAUUGAAUCGAAAGGAAUUAGUCAAAGCUAUGAAAUCUGGAUUUCGUUUGAUCACUAUUCUUCGAGAUCCUGUAGAACAAAUAUAUUCUUUGUUUCAUUACGAGAAUUUUACAAAGAUUUACCAGAUUCCGCCCGGUGAAGACCCUGUUGAACAUUUUUUUGCUAAUACUUCAAGCUACUAUAGACAAUUCAAAUCAAGAAUGUGGCGAAAGUUGUUCAUGCUAGAAAAUUUAUUAAAAAAUGGAAUGACAUUCGAUUUAAAUUUUCAAAGGUUCAAGAAGCGAAUCGUAAAAAACAGUUUCCAAGAUUUUGUAACAUACAUUGAUCGAGCAUUUCAUCUGGUUUUGAUCACUGAAAAAUUUGACGAAAGUUUGCUGUUACUAAAACAGCUAAUGUGUUGGAAUUAUAUGGACAUUGUUUAUAUGAAGAAGUUAGUAAAUCACAAGCUGCAUAAACAACAAAAGAAAAGAAAAAAAGAAUUGCUGAAGAAAAUUAGAAACUGGAGUAACCUUGACGUGAUUUUGUACGAGCAUUUCAGAAAGAAACUGGAAAAUAUUCUAGCAUUACAAGACCAGGAUAAGUUUCAAGAAAAACUCCUAAUAUUUCGCACGUUAAAUAACUUAUUGACGACAUACUGCAGAAAUACGACGGCAGAAAAUUAUUACGAAGUUAUUGAAAUGUUGAGAGAACUUAAGGAAGAACCACCAGAGAUGUUCUUAAAUAAACCGAAAUGUUUUUGUAACAAAUUGGAGCGAUCGGAACUUGAUUAUUUGAAAUAUUUUAAAAAUAAAUUUACACCUUUAUAUUUUCUGGAAAGGUUAAGAACUGGUAAAAAGUUAAAGGAUGACUGUUGACAGAGAAAUUAUACAAAUCACAAAAAAUUAUAUUUCUAAUAAUGUAACUUUUAUGUAUUUUAUGCAGAUUUGUUUAAUAAAUGAAUAACCACCAA